CGCAACACAAACCAGUUCAAUUUCAAACGUAAACAAAGACACAUCCAAGAGGUAGACUUCGGAAAUACAUACGUAAUGGAUACGUUGAAUAUAAAACCGUUAAGUAAGGCCAAUGAGUGGUCUCUGGACGCGUCGGCCGGCGCGGAGACCGCUCGGGAGGCGGUGCAGACUCCCGCAGACAUCGCUUCGACCUCGAGCGAAGAGCGCGCCAUCCGCCGCGUUAUGGGCCGCUGGGGCGCCGAGUGGUUGAGCUGACUCGGCUCCGAGUACAAGUCAACCGGGCCCCAGUGGCCCCCGGAGCACCCCCUGCCGCCGCCACGGUGGGGGGCCCCGCGCCCAGCUUUGGAACUGUCCCUGCAGCAGUAUGAGGACCUAGUUGCCAAAGCUGAGGCAAUAGUGAGCCGACUAGCGGUCUCCGAGAACUAUGAUUCUGUCAACAACUUUAUUACCCUCUACGAAUCUUACAUGGCUUCUCCUGACGAGACGUUAGCUGACUUCUUCCCCAAAUACAACCCUCCGAUCCGCGCGCACAAACAUACUUGCGUUGGACUGGGCAUGGAGACGAUUAAGCGUUUGAAAGUCCUCGAAAAGGAUUUCCCUGGAAUCACAAAGGCAAUGAUGCUGGUUUCUUGUGAUGAGAAUAUUCAAGAUCUGGUCGACUACGCAACGGCGUCCCCAGGCCCUCAGGGCUUUUUGAUUGAAACGGAGAAAGACCACGUGAUGCUCUGUAUCCACAUUCGGGUCGCGGGAAGGCCUGGUGUCUUCCUGUCGGAUCUUGGAUACCACAUCGCGCGUGUGGUCACUGUUAUGGCAGAUCGCUGCUACCCACAUACUGGCUGGUUCACCCAAUCGGACGAGCCGCACAGCCGCAAGGAGUACAACUACCAGCUCAACCUGAGCAACCCCAACUACGUGGAGUGGCAUGAGAGAGACACCAGGGAUGCCAGCGUCAAGGAGCGACUAUCUCUUAUCUACGUCGCCAAGCCUUACCUCACUGCUGUCAGUGUUACUGAGAAGAGGAAUCUCGUGUGGGAUAUGAGGAGUCUUCUAGCGCGUAAUCUCAAAGGUCACUUGACGGCCGGUAUCUACUUCCCGGUGAAGGAGAAGGACCAACAGUUCACCAUGUUCUUCGACGGCCACAACGGCAAGCAACGCAAGAAGCUCAAGUUCGAGUCGUUCUUGGAGUUGCAAAAGAUACCAGACGAUUUAGUGGAUGACGUAGAGCAAUGUAACGAACAACUCAGAAUGAGGGACGGGGAACUCCUCUCCAUCUUGAAGAAGUUGGCUUCCAUCAUGGCUGACGAGGACUACAUGGUUGAACUUCUGGACAUCAACAAGAAGAUCGUUGAACUGUCCGCUGGAGACCAGUAGACCAGUAGAAUAGUAGACUAGUAAAGUAGAAGACUAGUGCCUUAGUUCGGCUCAAUGGGGCUAAUAAAAAUGUAGUGAAAA